GAGGCGGAGCUGCGUGUGUGCACUCGUCGCAGAGCUGAGCAGAGGAUAGCGAGGGGGGACGCUAGACCAGGGCCGACUCUUUUAUAAUCCAUUGGCAAGUUUAGCGUGGUUGGGGACAGCAGAAGCAGCAGCAUAAUGGCGGAUAAGAUGGAUAUGUCUCUAGACGACAUUAUCAAGCAGAACAGGCAGACUAGAGGCGGAGGCCGGGGCGGGAGAGGCCGCGGCCGCGGAGGCGCGCUGGGCGGCCGCGGGGGAGGACCAGGACGGCUCGGUGGCGGCGGCGGCGGCGGCGGCGGGGGAUUUGGAGGCCGAGGCGGCGGAUCCGGCCCCAUGAGGAGCCGGCAGAACCUGAGCCGCGCUAGAGGCAGGCCGACGCCGUACAGCAGGCCUAAACAGCUUCCGGACAAGUGGCAGCACGACAUGUUCGACAACGGCUUCAGCGGCUUCAAUGGUGCUGCUGGGGGCGGCGGAGGAGCCGGCGUGGAGACUGGAGGGAAGCUUCUCGUGUCCAAUCUGGACUUUGGGGUCUCAGACGCAGACAUUCAGGAACUUUUCGCAGAGUUUGGAACCCUAAAGAAAGCUGCUGUUCAUUAUGACCGAUCAGGAAGGAGCCUGGGAACCGCUGAUGUUCACUUUGAAAGGAGAGCAGAUGCCCUAAAGGCCAUGAAACAGUACAAUGGCAUCCCACUCGAUGGGCGGCCUAUGAACAUACAACUCGUCACAUCACAGAUUGACACACAGAGACGGCCUAUGCAGGGUCUGAACAGAGGUGGCGGAGGCAUGAACAGAGGUCGCGGCUUCGGCAUGCAGAGGGGUCGAGGAGGACGUGGUGCGGGCGGUGCCCGAGGACGAGGAAGGGGUGGUCGCGGUGCCACUAACAAGCAACCCCUAUCAGCAGAGGAGCUUGAUGCUCAGUUAGACGCCUACAACGCCAGAAUGGACACCAGCUAAGAAAUAAAGCUCUUCUACUUGUCCUUCCUGCACAGAGGGAUGUGGUUGUUACAGAUGUGCAGACUAUUUUACACUUGUCUUCUGAUGUGAUUUGAAAAUGUUGGAACCUAUUCUUUUAAAUACUCCAAAGUGUUUUUUACCAGUUUUUUUUUUUUUUUUUUUUUUUUUUUUUUUUGCUCAAAAUGGUUUUGACUGUAGGUUAUUUAACUGGUUCAUCAGUUUCCCUCAACCCUGUAGUUGAUACAACUUGUAAUAAAAACCUGCAAUGCAUAUUAACCAUAA